GUUGGGGCCUUUUGUUUUAACUCUAAUCGGCUUAGGGUUUGCUUUCUUCUUUCCCCCAAACCCUAAGUGAGGCGCGCGAAUAGCUGUAAUCGGAUCGAGAUUUUGUAGGAGGUAUGGGUCUUCGCGGAAGAGGCUAUGGCGGACGCAGAAGUAGAGGGGGAGGGUUUGGUUCAUCAUCCUCUAGUAGUGCUGAAUAUCGAAAGAAAUGUGCAGCUUCCUAUGCACCCAAAACUUCUUCUUCUAAGAGUUGGUUUCAAGAUAUGGAAGAUGAAGCCGAUUGUUACAUUUUGUACCACAUUCGUAUGAGGGCUUGAAUUGCUAUACUUUUCUACCUGUUUGUAUAAUUGAUCAUGGUUUCUGUAUUUAACAUUUUGAUUUAAGCACCUUUAUAUGUAAGGUUUCCUCUUACUUUGUAAUCAUGAUAUGCAUAUCUAUGUGCUUUUUCUUGUUAGUUUUUCGGGGUCUAGUAUUUGUACGUAGUCCUGUUUCAUCUAGGUUGGAGCAACUUUUGUGGCUUCUGUUUUCUGCCUCAGAACAACUGAACUGAACUAAGAUUUGAAUGCAGAAUUUGAAAACUCGGGGAGAAGAACAUCCAUCUCGUGCUAAGGUUAUGCAAGAGCUUGAAGACUUGUGUGGUAUGGUGUUUUAUUGACCAUUGUUUUGCUAUCUUUACUGGUUUCCUCUUAAAUAUUUUAUAAUUCAACUUGUGAAUAAUAGUAGACUGAAUAACGCAUCUGUAGCUAGUUUCCUUUAGUUGUAACUACUAAUGUGAAAAUUGUAGUGAUGAUGCAUUCCCUUUAAUUUUUGUGCACUUGCUUGACAGGUGGAUAUAAGUCUCUUUGGGGUAAAUGGUGGACAGAGAAGCAUGACAAGGAACUGUGUAAAGAGUGGACAAUAACUUAUCAGAAUAGGAUGACUCAGUUUGGUCCAGAGUACUGCAGGAGACUUGGAAUGAAGGAAAUUGUUGAAAAUGUAUGCAAGGGUGUACCGUCAUCAAGGUCGACGAGGCAUUUGAUUGAUGAGGUUUUAGAGUAUUGUAUUUAGUAUCUUAGGUAAUAUUAUGGUACUUAUAUGGGCAUUUGAUUGAUAAGGUUCUUGAGGAUUGUAUUUAGUAUUUUAGGUAAUAUUAGUAAAAAUUUUACAUAUAAUGGUGUUUAUAUAUUAUGUGAAAUCAGACAGCUUGUAUAUAUGUAACUGAUUUUUUUUUAAAAAAAAAAAAUUUAUGUG